GCGAGAGGGAAGUUGCUUGCUUUCUCUCUCUCACUCGCGCGCUGCGAGGAGAAACCGGGAGGAGCGAGGGAGAGAGAGAGAGAGAGACGCCGCUCCUUCUCCCUCAGUGGCUCCAGAGACGCCUCAGCGGGGCGAGACGCGACCGUUUGCCGCCCGCCCGCCCGCGUCGAGUCUCUCUUCCCUCUCUCUCCCACCCACCCCUUUCUGGGUUGUGUGAGGGAGGGAAAGAAAGACGGAAGCGGCGGCUUGAAGAGGGGAAAGAGAGAAGGGGGGGACCCUCACAAGAUAUAUAUGUAUAUAUACAAAAGCAGUUGGGCUUCGUUGUAGUGCCGCCGCCGCCGCGCCCUCCUCCUCCUCCCCUCAGCGACGGCGACAAAAGCCGGCUUCGCCUGAGGUGAACGAAGAAAGGCGGAGGUGGGGCUCGAGCGCCGCUGAGGGAAAAGCGGACGGUUUCAUUUCAGUCAGUCGCGGCGGCGGCUCUCGCUGCUACUGCCGCCGCCGCCGAGCUCACUCCUUCCCGAGACCGCUCGCCGCUUCCUGCUCGGCCACACGAUGCCGCGGGUCGUCCCGGACCAGCGCAGCAAGUUCGAGAACGAGGAGUUCUUCAGGAAGCUGAGCCGAGAGUGCGAGAUUAAAUACACUGGCUUCAGGGACAGACCACAUGAAGAAAGACAGGCCAGGUUUCAGAAUGCGUGCCGAGAUGGACGGUCUGAGAUAGCUUUUGUGGCCACAGGAACCAAUCUGUCUCUCCAGUUUUUUCCGGCCAGCUGGCAAGGGGAGCAACGGCAGACACCAACCCGAGAGUACGUUGACUUUGAAAGAGAGGGAGGCAAGGUCUACCUAAAAGCACCUAUGAUUCUUAAUGGUGUUUGUGUUAUUUGGAAAGGCUGGAUAGAUCUCCAAAGACUGGAUGGCAUGGGCUGCUUAGAAUUUGAUGAAGAACGGGCACAGGAAGAUGCAUUGGCACAGCAGGCUUUUGAAGAAGCUCGGAGAAGAACUCGUGAAUUCGAGGACAGAGACAGGUCUCAUCGGGAAGAAAUGGAGGUGAGAGUUUCACAGCUGCUGUCAGUUACUGGCAAGAAGACAACAAGACCCUAGUCCAGGCUCAACCCUAGGAGGUGGUGAUGAUCUCAAACUUCGUUAAGUGAACAACAGCUGUGCCAUGAGUGUGACGCUUAAACUUGGCAAAUGAUGGAAUUUAAAGACCAGAAACUGUGAUAACUGGGUAUAUACUAUAGUCUAUUCCCUGACCUGCGGCAACCAAACUAUCAUGUCCCGCCAUGGUUUGCACUAUGUUUGUGUUGUAUUAUCUGCAUUUCUUUUCUUUAAGCAUGUUGCCAAUGGGAAUUUGAAAUUCUUGUUUCUCUAUGCAAGCUUAUAAUUUUGUUGGCACUAUUUUAGUGACAAGAACAAUUAAUGCAGCGAUAAAAACAAUUCCUCAACUGUAAUAUUCAUUCAUUUCAGAAUAGGUCAAACAUUGCAGAAUAAAGUUUUUUCUGACUUUUUUUAAAAAAACAAAAACUUUCAAAAUAAUUUUUAUAUGGGCUUUUGGAAGUUUGUUUGUCAUAGUGUUCUUGCUUUUACACAUGCGUUCUUUGUGGUAUUGUCUUUUUAUGCACUUUCUCUUCUCUAACUUUCAACACAUUUAUUUCUUUUUGCAUUAUGCAGCCUAGACCAAGUAACAGUGUUGUCAAUUGAUUUACUGAAAUACAUGUUUAUAAACUUUAAAAAAAACACACUCCAAUAUACCAUGAAAGAUUGUUAACUUAAAGCUAAUGUUUUAGAUGGCAAAAUGUCUAAAUGAGAUUUUAAUCUGUCCGCACAUUCUGUUGUAGAUUCUGUUCUGUAGUUAAUGUAGUUCAGAUAACCUGCUGAAACUCAUUGGAACUCAUUGCAGUAUGGCUCUUCAGGGACUCUGUAACAUAGCUGCCAAGUUUUCCCUUUUCUCGCGAGGAAGCCUAUUCAGCAUAAGGGAAAAUCCCUUUAAAAAGGGGAUAACUUGGCAGCUAUGCUCUGUAAAAAUCUGAAAUGGGAUACUCCAGCUUUCUGAUUACAUUUGACAUUACUCUAUGAUGGCUGAGGGUGAAGCUGAUAUCUUUAAUACAAUCAUGUUGAAAGUAGCUGCUUAACUCUUUUUGUAUCCUUUUCUUUAGCUUAGAUUAAAAUAUGAAUUGAUACGUUUGAAUUGUAUGCAAAACAGUCUCAUAUUGGCCCAAAGUUGCCUUUGGUGUUUUUUUUUGUUACUUAACAAUUUUGUUAAGAUACUUUCCAGUGGCGUAAGAUUUGGAGAAAAUAAUUAUUAAGGAUUGUUCACUUUUGCACUUCAGUCCCUGCUUUCUUCUAUUAUAUUACUCAAUAAUACUGUUUACCAAAUCUUGUGUCAAACCAGUUUUGUUUCUCCAUUUGUUAUGUGGCAUGAACAUCAAUCUAAUCUAAAUUAUUAUUUUAGACUUUAAACCACAGCAUUCAUUUUCUGUGUUAAUAUGAGUAGAAUGCAACAUUCCUUGUUAAUGCUGGUAGUUGAACUUAUAACAAUUACAGAUAUCUGAACAACUUCCCUAGAUAUGACAACUCUGAAUCUUUUUUAAUACUCUUAACAGUCAUCCAUAGGUACUGUCCCAAACAGAUCAAUUAGAAGAAAUAUGUUGCUCAUGUUAAUAUUUUUCCAUGCACAUUUUCCUCAUCCAGUGAAGAAAGAAUGGUCCAAAAAGUGGCUUUCUGUUGCUGUUCCACUUUUGUCAGGGAUGUUCCUUUCCUUUGUAUUUCAAAUAGAAUGGUGUUUCCUAAUUACUUCUGAUAGUAGUUUCAAAUCAUGACUACACAAAUUAUACUAUUGCAUAUAAACAUUUGCUGUCAGUGUGUAAAUAACCUUUCCCCCCUAUUAUCUAGAAUUUGGCUACUUAAUGGCCAUGUUUGAAUGAUCAUAUCUCAGCUUAAUAGCCCAAUAUAGAAGUAGAUGUUUUGCUCAUGCACACAACCCCUUUGCUCCUCUUUUUGCAGUAAUGGAUAUUAAACCCGGAAGAUUCUAGUUAACCAUCGUUUUCCUGUUUGCCCAAACCAGGAAAUGAUAGUUACAGGUUUCCUGGUUUUACUACCUGCAUCAUCAAGGGACGAACAGAGGUGCUGUGUGCCCAGGCAAUAGACUCAUUCACAUAUUGGCUUGUUGAGCCAAGAUACAGUUGUCCAAACUGGGCCACUAUGUCUUAAUGCUGGCAUUAAGAUCACAAGCCCUCUCCCUGUGCUAGCUAGUGCAGACCUGCUAAACUUAAAAACUUUAAGUUAUUGAUGCAAUUUGAUAUUUUUCCAUAAUUUCUAUUUAAACGAGUUGCAUCAUCUUCAAACUCAUCUCUUUAAGAGUUGCCUUAAGCUUCAAGAUUGCUUUUGCUAUCUUUUUGUGCUAUGUUAACCUUACGUUUAUAAUAAACAUAUGUGAGUGAAACAAAGUGGUUGUAAAUUACUUUGUAACAUGUAACUGUCAACUGCUUAUAUGUGCCAUUGUAUGCUUAGAGAUAAAGGACAGUUCAGCAAAUA